UACUUAACCAUUAUUAGAGGUAAAUUUAGAUUACAAAUGUAUCCAGUUUGUGCUAUUUUCUUCAAAUAUUGAGGAAGUGUACACUUGCGUUCAUUUAAGCAUCCACCACCAUAGAUUUGUGUGUGUGUGUGUGUGUGUGUGUGUGUGUGUGUGUGUGUGUGUGUGUGUGUGUGUGUGCAAGCUUGUGUAGUAACAGGCCUCUGUGCUUACAUUAUUUAUGCUGGAAUGAGACCCAAGCUUAAGUUACACUAAGGCAAGUAGAGCUGACAAAUUAAGGUUCCUUCUACAGUGCUGCAACAGAACUAAAAACCUGACACACAUCCUCUCACUUACACAGACACACUGCCCUUGUCUGAGUCAUGGAUGGCAUAUCAUAGUUGAUGACUGCAUGUGUUGGAAUUAUCCGUUGGUUUCUGUUGGUUCUUUUGCUGAGAAGUACAGGUAGGUUUGAUUCUCUAUCUUGAUGAUCAACAGAAGAAGAAAAGAGGAGUGUGUGGGUGAGUGUAAGGUAAUAGAAACACAUAGAGGCACCUCAACAAAGGAUCUCUAUCUAAGAACAUCUGCAAGAGAGACCCUUCUUCUAGACCACAUCUGGUGUGGCCUGUGGAACCAUGUGAACAGAGAUUUAUAUGCUCUCUGUGUAGAAUUCAUCCAUGACAGUACUGAGAAGAGACUCACCUAAAGAAAGGCAGUAGACUAGCAUGGUUUUAGAAGGAUAAAAUGCCAGGCAAAAAAGAUUUAAAAGCAGUAGCCAAGAAAGGAGGAAAACCGGAGCCAGAAAAAAGUAAACCAAAGGAAGAAGAAAAGAAAGGAAAAGACGACAAGAAGGGUGGGAAAGAUGACAAAAAGGCAGGAAAGGAUGAUAAAAAGAAAGGAAAAGAAGAGCCACCCAAAAGUAAAGGAAAAGAUGAUGGUAAGAAGGGAAAGGAUAAAGGGAAGGGAAAGAAAGAGGUUAUUGAAUCUGAGGAGGAUUCAGAUGCUGAGUUGAUGGAUGAAGACUUGAGCGAUGAGGAUGAGGAUGAAGAGUCAGAUGGAGACAAGAGAAAGCGUGGUGGAAAAGAUGCUAAAGGUAAAGCUGCAAAGGGUAAGUCCAAAUCUAGACAGCCUGAUUCUGAUGAAGAUGAGGAUGAUGAAGAUGAGGACGAUGAAGAUGAGGAGGAAAGUGAAGAGGAGGAUAAGAAAGCAAAGAAGAAAUCAAAAGAUCAUCAUAAAUCUAAAGCUGAGGAAGAUGGAAAGAAGAAGAAAGCAAAAAAGAAGGAAGAGCCUCCACCUGAGCCGCCACCUGAAGAAAAAAAGAAAAGAGGACUCAAAAACACCUCAAAACUCUUUAUGAGGUUCUCUGGAUUUAAGAAGAGGAAGAGCUCAAAGAAGCGCCUUAAGAGCACUUCCAAGCUGUUUCUUGGACUUGGCAAAAGGAAGAAUCGCUUGCUUAGGAAAAAAAGGAGAAAAUCUCUCUUGAGAAAUGCUCCAAAGUUCAUGAUGCGUUUCAAAAACAGCAAGAAAAAGAAAAAAGAGAAGGAAAAAAAAGAGCAGUCAGGACCAAAGCCAACCUAUAUGCUUCUCAAAUUAGGUGGAAAUUCAAAACAAGCGGAGAAGAAGCCAGGAUUUUUUAAAGGGCUUUUUGGAAAAAAGAAUUCAGGGGAUGGGACUGGUUUUAAAUAUAGGGGGCAAUUAUUAGGUAAGAUUGCUGGGGCAACAAACUGGCUGACCAAGAGGUUCCUCUCCAUUAAGGGGCGUCAGAGUGGAAGGGACAAUGAUGCCUGGGGCCGGAAAAACAACAAAAAAUAUCCAUUUCCUGCUGGCAGUCGCCAAGCUAGCAUCCGAGCUCCUCCAGGUUAUCACAAUUAUGGAUAUGAACAUGACACUGGAGGAUAUGAUUAUAAUAACCAGAGCAGGAUGGAUAGGGGAGCAUUCCAAAGACAGUCAAUCCAGAGGCACUCUAACAGGUAUACUGAACAGUAUGCCCAUGUUCAGGGACAUUCUUCAUUUCCACAGCAAUACACUCAAUAUGAUGAACCAAAUAACUAUUAUGACAUGCAAUCACAUGAUCAAGGCUAUUAUGAGUUGGAGGAUGGAUACUAUGACCCACACGCAGUCAUUCAGGAUGAGGGUGAAUAUUACGAUGAUGGUAUGGACUAUGGUGAUCCUUAUGGAGGUCAGGAGCAGAUGGGCAAUUACCCACAGGAAAUGGGCUACUAUAGUCAGCAGUAUCCACUGGAUCCUUAUUUCGAUGAUGGCAUGGAGUACUAUGAUGAUAAUCAGUAUCCAAUGGGGAACAGCUAUGAUCUGUAUGGGAAUGAAAUGAAUCCAUAUGCCCAGACUCAGUAUGGAUAUUAUGAUGACCCUCAGGGCUUCUAUAGUGACCCAUAUGAAGUUGAAAUUUCAGAUGAUCCAUAUAUGGAUGCUUAUGGGGAUGCUUAUGAGGAUCUUUAUUUUCAGGACUAUCCGGUUAAUUACAGUGAAACAGAUGUUGACCCAUAUCUGCAAUCUUCCUAUGAUAUGUAUGAUCUAUAUAGUUAUCCAAUGCAAGAUAUUAUGGAAGGUGAUGAAGCUUAUGGAAUGUAUGGUGAGAACUAUGGAGAUUUCUCGAUGGAAUCUAUGCCCCUUCACAGAGACAUGGAAUUCAGACUCCCAAGACCCCAGGUCAAGCUUUUUGGUAAAGAAAGGAUUGAUGUUGAGCUUCCUCCUUUGCCUCCACAAUAUGAUUAUGAGGAAAUGUCAGACAUACAAUAUGAAAAUUAUCCAUAUAUACCUGGAGCCUCAAUGGAUGAUGGAUUUUCGCAAUCAGUUCAUCCUCAAGAAAUGUUUCAUCCCACAAUGCCUCAAGUGCCCACACCAACAGCCAUGCUAAUUAAGCAAGCAAAUAAUCCCCAGGGAUUUGUCAAUCAACAUAUGUCACAUAUGGCUCAAUUUGGUGGAUUUCCACCAUCUCCCACACCAAGCAGGAGGUCUAUACCAGGGAUGGCCUCCCCUCUGCAUAAGCCUAUGUCACCCAUGGCACCCAUUGAACCUAUGUCAAGUUUUGGAGAGCCGAUAAUGGAAGUUAGACGUUCCCCCAUACCUAUACGCAGACCGAGCCCCCAUCCCUCCCCGCAGCUAUCCAUGCAUCCUGCUGCUCCACUCUCUAUGAGAAGAAGCCCUUCCCCACAGCCCUCUCUGCGUGGCAUUGGAGGCAUGGGAGCACCUCCAUCCCCAAGACUAGCCAGAGGUAUGUCCUCUCCAAUAAGUCAUGUUCAACACCCUCCAUCUCCAAUAGGACGCAAAAUGAGCCCACCUGUUUCUCCAACACUUUCUAGACGUUUACAGCCUCAGGCUUCAUUUAGAGAAGGGCCACCCUCUUCACCAGCAGUCCCUAGACGUUUGCAGCCUCAGGUUCCAUUUAGAGAAGGUCCACCUGCUUCACCAACAGUCCCUAGACGCUUGCAGCCUCAAGCAUCCUUUAGAGAGGCACCACCAUCUCCCCAGCCAGUGCCUGCCCGUUUGCCCUCACGAGCUCCAUCUCUCUAUACCAGUCCUCCAGCUUCACCUCGUGCAUCUAUUCGGAGGAGGAGCCCACCACAGUCUCCUCGUGCCUCAAUUAGGAGACCGAGUCCACCCUCCUCACCCUCACAAGUUCAUCGCCCAUUUGGUGCCAAGAAAUUUCAAGCCUCCCCAUCUCCACUUAGGCGGAUGAGUCCUCCAUCUUCCCCUCAGAUGGGUAUGCAAACCAUGGCCAGUGUUCAGCAGAGGGAGCUUCACAGACCACAGUCUCCAUUAAUGCCUCAAAGAGUAUCACCUACUCCCUCUCGAAGAAGUUUUACUGUGGAACCAGACUUCCAACAACCACCACUGCAACGUCGAUCCCCCUCUCCUACCCUUUCCCGCAGGUCCACUCGCCUUAUGAAGAAUUCUCCACCUAUUGGGUCCCCUGGAGGUCGACUACGAGGAAGGGGCCGUCCAAACAUCCCCAUGGGAGCUGUGAAACCAUAUCCUGGCCGAGGAGGUCAUUCUGGAACUCCAACACAAAAUGUACGGCCAUUUAGACCAUCCAUACGUAGUAACAGGUCCAUGAUGCCACAGGAUUUCACAGCCUCCCCACAACUCUCAGGUCAACACACUGGGAUGGGCAUAAGGGAACAAAGUCGUUUUAAUCUUCCAGGAACACCUGGUCCAAUGAGAAACCCACAGAGACCCAUUGGUCGUGGCCGUCCACUCAUGGCAGGACAGUCCCUGAGGCGUGCACCUGGCAUGAUCCCCCCUUCACCACAACUUUCUCAAAAACACAUGCCCCCUCCAUCACCUCACCCUUCUGUGAGACAUCUCUCCAGACCAGGAUCUCCUCAUCCAUCCAUUAAACAUGGCUCCCCAUUACCUAUGCGUCCCACUUCCCCUAGGGCUCUGCCUACUUCUGUGCUUUCUGGUCCUCCAAUGUAUGAAUCUUCAUAUGCAUCUCCUUUGCGUAUCGGAGCAGAGCCAAUCCCUGUAGAAUUUGAUCAGAUUAGUGGUGUUCCUCAGUCACCAAUGCUUACAAGUGCCCUCCAAAACCAAAGUGAUAGUAAUGCAUUCUAUAUUUCACCCGUCCAACAGCCCAUGUCGCCUUAUGCUCCUGAGAUCAUUAAUGUUCCACGGGUUCCUGGUCAACCACCUUCACCAGUUCCCUCCCUUGCCCUGCAACCCCCUAAUCUAAGCAAUGCUAUGCAUGUCUCCCAAUUGCAACCAGUACCCUCACCAUAUAAUCCUGAAAUGGUUGUACUGGAUCAGCAUACAGAACAGAUGGCAUCUCCACUUUUGUCAAAUGCCUUACAAAAUGCUCAGCUCCAAGAAGCUUCUUACAUUUUGCCCAUGCAAAGACCAGGUUCACCUUAUGUUCCUGAAGUGGCUCAGUUUGGUGAGAUCCCAGAACAACUACCUAUUUCUUACCCGCAUGUUCCUCAAAUGGAAGCAUUUGAACAAUUUCCAGGUCAGCCAGCAUCACCUUUGCUCUCCAGUGCAAUUCACAAUCCACAGCUUCGCAAUGCUUCAUACCGAUCAUCUCUUCAAGGGCCACAUUCACCCUAUACUCAGGUAGAGACAGGCUAUGAUUACAUUGAAGAGCCAGGUGCUGGCCCCAUUCUUUCCAAUGCUCUUCAAAAUCCAAAUGUCCGCAAUGCUUCUUACAGAACACAUUUACGUCGCAGGGGAUCUCGUGUUCACCCUGGCUAUGGUCCAAGGGGAUCUCCAGUUCUUUCAACGGCUUUGCAGAACCAAAAUGUUCGUAAAGCAUCAUACCAAGCACCUGUCCAGGGAAUGGUCUCCCCUUAUACAACUGUGCCAGGUUAUAGGCAAGAUCCUAGGAAAUCUCCUUUUCUGUCUGAUGCAUUGCACAACCCCCAACUCCGUGGUGCCACUUAUCGCUUGCCUGAUGGGUCAUUAGUAUAUGGUAAUCAGGUAGCAAAUGUACACUCUUCUCCAAUGCUUGCAGAUGCAAUUGGAAAUCCUCAGCUCCAGAAUGCUUCAUAUAGACCUCCUGCUGGAUCCAUAGUAGACCCACGACAGCAACAAUCUUUCUCACCAAACCUCUCAAAUGCUUUGCAGAACCAAAACAUAAGAAAUGCCUCUUAUAGACUUUCAGAUGGAUCGAUAAUAUACCCAGACUCUCAUUUACAGCAACCUUCUUCUCCAAACCUUUCCAGGGCUUUACAGAAUCCAAAUGUGAGGAAUGCAACAUAUAGACUUCCAGAUGGAUCAAUAAUAUACCCUGACUCUCAUUUACAGCAACCUUCUUCUCCGAACCUUUCCAGGGCUUUACAGAAUCCAAAUGUGAGGAAUGCAACAUAUAGACUUCCAGAUGGAUCGAUAAUAUACCCAGACUCUCAUUUACAGCAACCUUCUUCUCCGAACCUUUCCAGGGCUUUACAGAAUCCAAAUGUGAGGAAUGCAACAUAUAGACUUCCAGAUGGAUCAAUAAUAUACCCUGACUCUCAUUUACAGCAACCUUCUUCUCCAAACCUGUCCAGUGCUUUACAAAAUCCAAAUGUGAGGAAUGCAACUUAUAGACUUCCAGAUGGAACGAUAAUAUACCCAGACUCUCAUUUACAGCAACCUUCUUCUCCAAACCUGUCCAGUGCAUUGCAGAAUCCAAAUCUGAGGAAUGCAACUUAUAGACUUCCAGAUGGAACUCUUAUAACAGCAGGACAACAACACCCAACCUCACCAAACCUGUCACAUGCACUUCAGAAUCAGCACAUUAGGAAGGCAUCAUAUAGACUGCCAGAUGGGACAAUAAUAAUGGCUGAUCAGCAAAUGGAACCAACAUCUCCAAAUCUGGCCAGUGCACUGCAGAACCAAAACAUUCGAAAUGCAACUUACAGAUUGCCAGACGGCACAUUAAUAUCAACGGACUAUGGGCAGCCCACAUCUACUUCACCAAAUUUAUCACAGGCACUUCAAAACCAACAAAUGAGAAAUGCCAGCUAUCGUUUACCUGAUGGCUCAGUUAUAACUGGACCAGUUUAUCAACCUAUGUCUCCAAAUUUGGCAAGCGCACUUCAGAAUCGGGAUAUUCGCAAUGCUACCUACAGGUUACCUGAUGGUUCCAUAAUAAGUGCUGAAGCAAGUUAUAAACCUACAACCCCAACUCUCUCUUCCGCACUGAGAAAUGAAGAUUUGAAAAAUGUCUCCUAUAGGCUUCCGGAUGGAUCUGUUAUUUCACAAGCUUUGUAUAAACCAAGGAGUCCAAACAUCUCAAAUGCCUUGCAGAAUGAAAAUCUUCGCAAGGCUACAUACCAGUUACCAGAUGGAUCUAUUAUUUCAGCAGAUCCUCGAAGAUAUAAAACCAGUCCAAAUCUAUCACAGGCACUUCUAAAUCAAAAUCUCCGCCAGGCCACAUACAGAUUACCUGAUGGAUCAGUCCUCGCUCAAGGAUUUGAAGUCCCCACUUCGCCACAUUUAAUGGAUGCUCUAAAGAAUGCUGACCUGAAGAAAGCCUCUUAUCAAUUACCUUCAGGGAUCUCCACCUAUUUGACCUCCUCUGGGCAGGUGGUUAUUGGACCAGAUGGCCGUUACGCCCUAGUUCCACCACAGCGAAAAGGUCCAGGUCCAGAAGAUCACUGGGCUCAGAAUGGCAGAGAGGGGCAAACUGCAGAGGACCAUUGGGCUGCAGAAAGAGUCUUGCCUCAUGACACAGUACAGAACCUCAUUAAAUGGUCUAUGUACCGAGAUGAGAAAAUGAUGGAAUUUCUUACCCCACCACCAGCUGGUCUUAGGCCAGGGGAAACAGAGCUGCAGUGGGUACCAGAUCGUGAAGGGGAGCCAAAAGGACAGUGGUAUGACAAGAUGUAUUCUAUAAGAAGCCUGCCUACUGUCAGCUACAGGGUGAAAAGGGAAGGGGAUGGAGUUGAGGACAUGACACAAAUGGAAGAGCUUACUGAGGCAGCAGUAUUGAUAAACUUGAAGACUCGCUUUGAUCAAGUGCUUAUCUAUACAUACAUUGGCAGUAUUUUGGUGUCUGUGAAUCCAUACCAACUAUUUAACAUCUAUGGUACAGAUGUGGUUCUGCAGUACGAGGGCCAUGGCUUGGGAGAUAACCCACCUCAUCUCUUUGCCAUUGCAAACAUUGCCUACACUACAUUGAUGGACAUCAGGCGAAACCAGUGCAUCAUUAUCAGUGGGGAAAGUGGUUCUGGAAAGACAGAGGCGACCAAACUGGUUCUGAGGUACCUCACUGCUAUUCACCAUAAGAGGAACAUCACACAACAGAUUGAGAUUCUCGAGGCAACUCCUCUGUUAGAGUCAUUUGGAAAUGCUAAGACGGUCCGAAAUGAUAACUCCAGCCGCUUUGGAAAAUUUGUGGAGGUCUUUUUGGAGGAAGGGGUGAUCAGUGGUGCCAUAACCUCGCAGUAUCUACUGGAGAAGUCCAGGAUCGUUUUUCAGGCCAAAGAUGAGAGAAACUACCACAUCUUUUAUGAGAUGUUGGCUGGACUUCCUGCGCACACGAAACGGGCCUUCUACCUACAGGAGGCUGAAACCUACUACUACCUGAACCAGGGUGGUAACUGUGAGAUCACUGGGAAGGAUGAUGGGGAGGACUUUAGGAGGCUACAGAGUGCCAUGGACAUUCUCCACUUCAGUCCUGAAGACCAGAGCAGCAUAUUCAGAGUGCUGUCAUCCAUACUGCACUUGGGCAAUGUCUUUUUCCAUAGAGUGGAGACAGAAGUGCAGGAGACAGCUGGUGUGGUGAGCACUCAGGAGAUUCGUGCAGUAGCCGAUCUGUUGCAGAUUUCCCCAGAGGGUCUGCAAAAAGCCAUCACCUUCAAAAUGACGGAGGCAAUGAGAGAGAAGAUAUACACUCCCCUCUCAGUAGAAAGUGCUGUGGAUGCCAGAGAUGCAGUUGCCAAGAUCCUUUAUUCCUUGCUCUUUCAAUGGCUGACAGAACGUAUUAAUGGGCGGGUUUAUCCCAAGAAUGAUGCACUGUCCAUAUCUUUACUGGAUAUAUACGGGUUUGAGAGCUUGACAUUCAACAGCUUUGAGCAGCUCUGUAUCAACUACGCUAAUGAGAGCCUGCAGUUCUUCUUCAGCAAAAUCAUUUUCAAACAGGAACAGGAGGAGUACAUUCGAGAGCAAAUCAACUGGAAAGAACUGUCCUUCACUGACAACCAGGCAUGCAUAGACCUUAUCGCUGCAAAGCCCCAUGGGAUACUCCGCAUCCUUGAUGACCAGAGCUGCUUUCCACAGGCCACUGACAACACCUUCCUUCAGAAGUGCCACUAUCACCAUGGAAACAACCCCCUUUACUCCAAGCCAAAAAUGCCACUGCCAGAGUUCACUGUCUAUCACUAUGCUGGCCGUGUAACUUACCAGGUCCAUAAAUUCCUGGAUAAGAACUAUGAUCAGGUUCGGCAGGAAGUAUUGGAUCUGUUUAUGCAGAGCCAGAGCCGAAUGGUGUCCAAUCUCUUCAUAAAACAUGCUGAGAUGCUGAAUCAGCAGAAAGGAGCAAUGAACAGGAACAGCACAGUGACUCGAAGAUAUCAGCCCUCUACUGUGGCCGCCAAGUUCCAGCAAUCACUACAGGAGCUUCUAGACAAGAUGGAGAGGUGCAACCCAUUUUUUGUCCGCUGCAUAAAGCCAAAUAAUAACAAGGAACCUGGUAUAUUUGACCCUGAGUUGGUUGCUACUCAGCUCAGAUAUUCAGGAAUCUUGGACACAAUCCGCAUCAGGAAGGAGGGCUAUCCAAUCAGAGUGCCGUUCCAUAAAUUCUUAAACAGGUACAAAGCCCUGCUAGGAAUGAAGAAGCCGCCACCUCCAGAUGGAGAUAACUGUGUCAUUAUGUUAAUGAAGCUCUGCCCUAUCAACAAAGGAGAUUAUCAAGUGGGUGUGUCAAAGCUCUUUCUAAAGGAGAAUGUGUAUCAGUUAUUGGAGAGUAAACGUGAUCGUAUGAUGCAUGUAGCUGCAUUGACCCUUCAGCGUUAUGUACGGAUGUAUUUUGUCCGGAAGAAAUUCCUCAAGUUCCGUUCGGACAUGACAAAACUUCAGGCUUACUGCAAGGGCUUCCUGACCAGGCGGCGGUUUCUGCGAAUGCGUAUAAACCUGAUCAAGCACCGUGCAAUGGUCCGACUUAUUGUCAAUCGCAAAAGAUACAUCAGGGUCAACCUCCUCUUAGCGAGACGAGCAGAGCAGGAAAGGAGAAUGAUUGAACAGGAGCGAAUAAGCAGGGAAGUGGUAAAUGUGACUCAGCUGGUUAUUCCUGCAGAGUUGGGAGGAUUGUUACAGGCCACAGCAGCUGGUAGGGAGCGUCAUUCAGACUGCUUGGCUCUGGUUCAGGCUCCAAGAAUACAGACAGACCCCCAGCUCACUCUUCCACUGGACAUCAACAACCAUUUGAUGACCAAAUAUAUACGCACACAUUUCAGGGAAUUGCAGUUUGGCAUGCUAACAGCACCGCUUGAGAACUCACUGACCCGACUAGAAGAUGAUCUGAAAGCGGAUGCUCUCGAUGUGUUUAUACUGAUUUUGCGUUUCAUGGGAGAUCCAAACCUGAAUGGAGCUCAAGAAAACUUGUUUGGAAAUUACAUCAUUCAGAGAGGCCUUGCCACUCCACCAAUCAGAGAUGAGAUCCUAGCGCAGAUAGCCAAUCAGGUGUGGCGGAAUGAAAACACCAGAAAUGCAGAGAGAGGAUGGUUGUUGAUGGCCGCCUGUUUGAGUUCCUUUGCUCCGUCUGAGAAGAUGGAGAAAUAUCUGCUAAAAUUUGUGUCAGACUAUGCUCUGAAUGGCUUCAAGGCGUUGUGCCAACACAAACUCCUCCAAGCCAUGCAGAAAUCCUACCUAGUCCCUGAAGCGUCUCGAACAUACCCUCUAUCCCUGCUAGAGUGGACUGCCACCCGCAAAAAAGCACACAUGGUGCUUCAGGUGCACUGUUUUGAUGGUGUGUCUUUCCUGUGUCCUGUCCAUUCCUGGACAAAUGGAGAGGGACUUUCUGGAGACGUUCUACAACACAGGGGCGUGCCCUCUGAGAGCCGAUGGGGUUGGUCAGUUCUGAUGAAGGAGCCGGCGCAGUGGGUGGAGUUAGAGGGUCACGAUUAUGUUCUGGAUCUGGUGUGUGACCUGGAGCUGCUGCCAGACUUCCCCAAACAGAAAACAUACUUCAUCAUCUCUACUGAAGACCCCAGCAAGGCACGACCUAACGCGAGCAUAAGUCUCUUUGGCAGUGGAUUCGAAGAGGAUGAGAAUGGACCGCUCUCAUAUGCCAACCGAAAGAGCGCCGUUGCAACCAACAGCCUACCAAUUUCUGAAGGCCACUACAAUCUGGACUCAGAACCACCCUAUGAUGGCACUCAGAGAGGGAUGGACCGGUAUUUGGACAGCCUGUUUGACCCAGUUCUGUCUGAUGGAACUGGGGACCUUGAUGCAUCAGUUUUGUCUGGUAGGAUGAAGGGUGGAGGAGGUAUAGGUGGUGAUGAAGCACAAUCUCCUGCUAGGGUCAAUGUCUCAGCUGCUCUUCAGCCUGGAGCAGUUAGAGUUCUGCCACCCAUUCCAGGUGCUUCAGUAAUGUCCAGUAUGCCAGCGGUGCCCCCAGUGUCAGACCCGCAGCAAACUGUCCUGGCCCAACAGCAACAAACCAUCAUCAACCAGCAAGCUGUCAUUAUGGCUCAGCAGAUGACCAUGCAGGCGAUGGCUAUGGUGUCCAGUCCACCAAUGUCUCCGCUCACCAGCCCCCCAACCAGCCCUCCUCCCACUCCCUACAGCACUCUGCCGCCUAGCCCAUACCCUGCCAUUCCUCCCAGCCCCUACGCUAACCUCCCCCCCAGCCCUUACGCCCUUCCUCCCCUUUCCAUGUACACAAGCCCCCCAGCGACCCCCCACCCCACCAUCCACUCCACCUCGAUAAACACCACCCCCAGCACCUUAGAGGAGCAACAGAAGCCCCUGGAGAAGAAGAGCAGCCCCCCAACACCACAACCACGGAGUACCACCACCACAAAGGCUGUUUCAUCUAAUGGGACAUUAGGAAAGAAACAAGCCCCCGCUGCACCAAUUAAACUUGACAGCAGGCCUGCCAAAAGACAUGCUCCUGUUGCCAUCACGGGUCCCAUGCGUUCUGCUCCGGCUCCUGGCACAGAGGUGGUGAAAUAUUCGGUCUCCAACUCCGAGCACAUCAUUCCCAGCCACAACAUUAAAGAUAUCAUUCAGCAAUAUCAAACACCGCUCCCAGAACCUGUGCCGCAGAUACCGAGGCGGGAAGGUAAAGGUUUUGUGAAGAAGAUGAACCCACAUGAUGAGGCAAUGCAUAUCCUAAAAACACAGAGGGACAAUCCACCUCCUCCGCAGAGAAAGGCUCCCACUCCAGCUGCUGUGUCCAGAGAUCGAGGCCUCAAACCAACUAAAAGCAGCAAGAAGAAAGCACCAGAAGCACCACUGACUUUACCUCCACCAGUGUCCAGAGAUCUUCCAGUGGAAUCUGAGAGCAUCCAAACCCAGCUGCACAGGAGCAGCACAGAGGAGCAUUACACCUACACAAACGUUCCCUGGAAGAUAUACCUCAGGAAGGAGGUCUUCUAUCCUAAAGACACUUGGAAUCAUCCUCUAGUGCUGGACCUCAUAUUCAAACAGAUUGUUAACGACACGUUUACAGAAGCCUGUGUGCGCAUUACUAAAGAGGAGAGGCAGAAGAUGAAAUCCUUGUUUGCACAAUAUGGCAUCGAGCCGAACACAGAUGUUCAGGAUGAAAGUGUGAAGAAAUCGGUGAUCACAGCUGCCAGGGAGUCAUGGGAGAUUUAUUUUUCUCGCCUUUUUCCUGCCUCUGGCAGUGUGGGUACUGGAGUGCAGGUGUUGGCAGUGUCUCACUCUGGUAUCAAACUUCUCAAGACCGUAAAACACAGCACUGCAGCUCCAGACUACUUCCGAGUGCUCCGUCCGUUCAGCUACACAGACAUCCUGUUCGUUACCAUCCCCUCUCCAAACAUGCUGGAGUUUAAUCUAAUGAAUGAGAAAUUGAUUCUGUUCUCGGCCAAAGCACCUCAGAUCAAACAUAUGAUAGAUCUUUUCAUCUCUCAUCUUAAGGAGGAUUCUGAGUAUGUGGUAGCAGAGAGAAACUUCAUCACAGAGGACAGAGCUCUUCUCAGCUUCCAUAAAGGAGAUAUCAUUCGUCUGCAGGCCAUGGAUGGGUUAGAGGAGGGUCAGAGAUACGGCUGCGUGGUGAAGAAAAAGGUCAUUUACCUCGAGGAGCUGAAGAGAGGCACACCAGAUUUUGGCUGGAGGUACGGGGCAAUGCAGGGUCGGAGUGGAGCAUUCCCUAUGGAUUGUGUGGUUCCUGUGGCUGCUCCUGAUUUCCUGAGUCUCCCAGCAGAGAGGAGAGACGAGCCGAGAGACAGACAGGGCCGAGUGGCAGCAUCAGGAGCAAUCGCUCUCGCUGUGGCCUCCACUGCGGCUGCACAUGAGCUGGACCCAUCACUAGAGUCGGAUGGAUUCGGGGAUUUCGGUGACUCUGAAGCUGAGGGGAAUAUUCUUUUGGACAGCCAGUACAACAUGGUGGAGUUUGCCAGGAAACAUUUCAGAACGUCAGAUGGAAGCAAGAGUGAUUCAUUCAGAGAUAAGUCCAAAAAAGGUAAAGGAAAUAAAGACCCUGCAGAGAUGGUGAAAUUCAGCAAGAACCCUAUCCUAGAGUCCCUCAUAGACUUCACUGACCCCAACAUGAACCGGGUUGCUUCUGAAAUUUUCCUAGCCAUAAUGAAGUUCAUGGGAGAUCAUCCUCUCAGGGGCCAGUCGGAGCAGUUUGUGGUUUGCACCUUCCUGAAGUUAACGGGUGAAUAUGGACUGAUGAAGGAUGAGGCGUACUGUCAAGUCCUCAAACAGAUUACAGCCAAUACAAGCUCUAAACCUGACAGCUGUCAGAAGGGCUGGCGGUUACUCUACAUCCUGACAGCAUUUUACCGCUGCUCUGAAGUGCUCAAACCGUUCUUACUCAAGUUCCUACGAGACGUCUGCAGAAGUCCAGAAGUGCUUUUUCAUGGAAUUGCUAAAGCUUGUGAACAGAACCUGAGAAAGACCUUUCAGUUCGGUGGCAGGAGUGUUUACCCCAGUAGUAUGGAGCUCAAAGCCAUAAUGGCUGGUCGAAGCUCAAAGCGACAGCUGUUUCUAUUUCCUGGAGGAAUUGAGAGACAUUUGAAGAUCAAAACCUGCUCAGUUGCACUGGAUGUCAUAGAGGAGUUGUGUUAUGAGAUGGCGUUACAAAGGCUGGAGGCAAUGGAUGAGUACACAAUUUUCAUAGUGAUCAACAGAGGUCAGAAUGUGCGGCCCCUCAAUAAGAGAGAGUACAUAUUAGACAUUGCAACAGAGGCGGAGCAGAUUGAUCCCAACUACAGCUUCUGGUUCAGACGAGUCAUCUGGGCCCAUCCGCUCAAGUUCGACAACGAGCUCUGUGUCACCAUGCACUAUAACCAGGUUCUGCCAGAUUACCUGAAGGGUCUGUUGAAUGUCGUACCUCAGGGAAAGAUCAGUGAACAGCAGUUUAACCAGUUUGCCAAACUUGCUGCUCUUCAACACAGAGCCAAAGACAGUCUGUACACGCCUACUAUUCAUGAGUUGACAGAAUACAUCCCAGUCGAGAUCUUUGGCAGACAGGGGCCUCAGCAGUGGAUGCAACUGGUUGCCCAACAUGUACAUGCCGUCCAAAGCCUGAACCCUCACCAGGCCAGAUCCCAGUUCCUGGGUUUGGUGUGUGCAUUUCCCAUGUUUGGAUCGUCCUUCUUUUACAUCCAAAGCAGCAGCAACAGCACCAUCUCUGCACCGUGCAUCCUCGCUGUAAAUCAGAACGGACUGCACUUCCUGCACAAAGACACUCAUCAGGUGCAGGUGAAGUUCCAGCUGAAGCUGAUUCAGUCAACGCACACACAGCGGCCCAGCGCUGGAUCCAGUUACCCUUAUGUAGACGUCCUGAUAGGGGACUUAACCAACCACAGAGUCACACAGUUACAGCUGGAACAGGGUCUGGAGCUGUGUCGGGUUAUCGCCAUGCAUAUUGAGAAUAUGCUCUCUGUCCGAGAGAAGAGGCUGACGCUGCCACCCAGUGAAAUCACCAUGCUGUAACAAAACCAUAUACAGAUACACACAGUCUGUAUACGAACAAAUACUAUGCUUUCUGUAUGUUUAUUUUCUAUAAUCAGGUUGUUUUUUAUGACUAAACCAAACCUCUUAAUGCACUGUUUGCACUAAUCAUGUGUAUUUGUUCACAUGUUAUGUAUAAAAGACACACAAUGAAUAAAAAGCAUUAUUUUUGUAUUAAAUGCAUAAUAUUUAUACAGAUGGAUUAUUAUUAUUAUUAUUAUCCAAAAUUGUCCUUUGGUACUGUAGAUGUGAAAGUAUUGAAAUGUGUUAUUUUAAACGUUUACCACAUGCACAUAAGUUUGAAUGAAGAGAGAUGUUACUCAGGAGAACAGCAUGAAUGUAAUCUUUUUUCACUCACAUUCUCUCACGCAGACUUUCAAUGAAAUGGUGGUUUUCAAAGUAAUGCAAUGACAUUUUUUCACAGUCAAACUUUGUGUAUUUAGCUAUUAGUUAACAUUAGUUAAGAUACGAGACCAA